AUGCCGGGUUCCUCCUCGCUCUCCCACUUCAACCUGGCUCAGCCACCUGUGUUCCAUCAUCACCAGCCACCCGGCUCAUCAUCAUCGUCGGGCCAAAUGCAUGGAGGAGGUCCAGUGCUAUUCAAUCCAAAGAACCCAAACCUCCCCAAGCCAUCCUCAUCGUCGUCACGCCCAGGCGACAACUCGAUCACCAACUUGCUGCCCCUGCCUAACUUCCAGGCGCAGCAGAAACACAAUCAAUCACAGGCCAAGCCAAACUUCUUACUGGCCUUGCCACCUCUCCAACAGCGCGCCCAACAGCCACUUUUGCCACUGCCCGUCAAGAAGGAUGUUAUUGAUGCGCCACUCUCUCCCGACCUCUCAUUCAAAGCUGAGCGCACCAGACCACGCUUGCCCUACUCCCACUCCGAAAGCAGUCUAAUUGGACUUGAUUCAGACCGUGGAUACUUUUGUAAAUACUGCAAGAAGAACUGGCCACUAUCCUCAUUCAAGAAUAGUCAACAGUUUGGGGCACAUUGCAGUAACUGCUCUCGCAAGUCAAAGGCAGAGUUGGACUCUAUGUUAAUGAGAAGACCAUUAGGCAAGAGCCCAAGCACAAGCAUGUUUGAUGACGAUGAUGGAGCAGUACCAUUGUGGGAGUUUGCCAAGUAUGGUGGUGGUGGCAAUCAGCCAGCUGUGUCACAUGACAACAGCGGACAGAAUCCACUUUUGGCAAGACUACUCAACAUCCUUGAGAACCAAGCUGUUGAGCCAAACGACAUUGUUCACAUCAAAGACGAUAUUAAUAAGAUGGGAAGUGAGAUGGCAUCAAAGAAGAAGAGAAGACUGGAGCACAUGGAUUCGACCAUGGACACUUUGAACUCAACAAUGACAGAGAUGCGCAACAACAUCGAUGUAUUUGUUAAGAAGGGACAGGAGAGCAGUACGGCUUACAUCGAGGACCUAAGGAAAGAGUUGGACUCGAAACUUAUCGAGCAUGAGCCACUGAUACACUCAUUGGAUCGUCUCAAGUCAUCUUUAUCAAGUGGACCUGCACUUAUGUCCAGGGAGUUCCCUACCAACGCCAUCUCCAACACCAACACAAACAAUGACAAUGCCAAGCCCAUGACAAUCGAUACAUAUGAGUCUAAUGUGGGCAAGUUGCAUGACAAGUCAGACUAUGUUACUUCUACGACCACGACGACUACAACCACCUCUUCGACCAACAUGGUCACCGACUCACAGGGCAACCUAAAGUCGAUCAUGUAA